UGCCCUAUCAUUGGUGUCAGUGGUAGGAAUAGUGCCCCCAUCAUUGGUAUCAGUGGGAGGAAUAGUGCCCCCAUCAUUGGUGUCAGUGGUAGGAAUAGUGCCCCAUCAUUGGUGCCAGUGGUAGGAAUAGUGCCCCAUCAUUGGUGUCAGUGGGAGGAAUUGCCCCAUCGUUGGUGUCAGUGGGAGGAAUAGUGCCCCAUCGUUGGUGUCAGUGGGAGGAAUAGUGCCCCAUCGUUGGUGUCAGGGGGAGGAAUAGUGCCCCAUCGUUGGUGUCAGUGGGGGGAGGAAUAG